UGAAUGCAACAAUAGUUGAUCAAGGAAGCUACACAAGAAGGUGACAAACAACAAGUCUCUAACAUGGAAACGCUCACCAAGAAGUUGGUUUAAAUGCAAUUAUGAUGUUUCUUAAUCAGUGAUGAUAAGAUGGUUGGUAGGUUCCAAGACCAUAGUACUGUUGAGGAGGCUGAAUCAUCUACACUAAUCUGGGCACUACAAUCUUGUUGGUCACUAGGAUACACACCCAAGUUGAAUUUGAAGAAGACAACCAAAACAUUACUCAAAUCCUCAUUAUGAUUUGAGUCUUGGUCACUGAUGUUCACCUCUGUUUGUAUACAAAGAGAUCAGACAACCAAUGUGCAAAUGUUCUUGCUAGAAAGUACAUACAAUCUUCUGAUAUGUAGUCUUUAAGUCAUACUUGUCCUUUCUUCUUAAAAGAAUAUGUAAUUACUUACUAAUUUAGUGUAAUGAUAUAAAAUUGAAUUGGCAAAAAAAAACCGCAUCAUUAAGUAAAAAGUAUUUGGCUAAUUCAAAUACUAAAAUAGAGGUUUAGUUGACUCUCAAACUCAACUAAAGCACAUGAACAUUAACAACAACUCCACUCUAAUAACUCCAUUCCCAAUCACACAAUACCAAAUUUUCAAAUGCUCCUUAUAUAAACCCAUUAAACCAUCCCUCAGUAAACAUCAACACACAUAAGCAACUCUAGAAUCCAAACUAAAUACUAAAAAUGGCCAAAGCUCUCCACAUAACAAUCAUUCUCUUCCUCAUAGCCUCUAGUCUCCUCGCAUCAAUCAACUCCGCUAGACUUCUUGAUGAGAUCCAACCUCAGUUAGUCCCUGCCGGUCAACUCCCCACCGUGGCCCCAACAGAAGCUGAGGAACAACCUGCACCAGCAACUACACUCCCGGCUGGUCCAGCAGGGGGUGGACACGAGCCGUUACUAGAGUUCUUUAUGCACGACGUGCUAGGAGGGUCACACCCAUCAGCUCGUGUGGUCACAGGAAUAGUAGCACAAACCGAAGUAAACGGGAUACCAUUCUCAAAGGCCAGCAACAGCAUCUUCCCUGUAGACAACGGAGUCCCACUAGUCAACUCAAACAACAUCAACAGUGUCAUCAACCCAAACACAGCUCCACUUCUCACCGGCCUUGGCGGUGCUCAAACCACCACCGUGAUCCAAAACACCAACGGCAACUCCAACGACGCCCUCAGCACCAACAGCCUCCCAUUUGUAACCGCGGGAAACCUCCCUCCAGGUGCUGCACUCCAGCAUCUCAUGUUCGGUACCAUAACCGUUGUGGACGAUGAGCUAACCGAGAGCCACGAGCUCGGGUCAGCGGUUAUAGGGAAGGCUCAAGGGUUUUACCUAGCCAGUUCCUUGGAUGGGACUAGCCAGACUCUUUCUCUGACCGUGUUGCUAGACAGAGAGCAUGAUCACCAUGACACUUUGGAUGAUGCCAUUAGCUUCUUUGGAGUUCAUAGGACUGCCUCUCAUGCCUCUCAGAUUGCGGUUAUUGGUGGGACGGGUAAGUUUGAGCAUGCUAAAGGGUAUGCUAUAGUGGAAACUCUGCAUAAUCAGAACAAUCAGCAUAUCACUGAUGGUCAAGACACCAUCCUCCAUUUCAGUGUUUACCUCACCUACAAAGCUUGAAGAGAUUUCUUUUGUAUAUGUUCUUCUGCUUGUUGCCUUUUUAUCCUUUUGUUGUAUUAAGUGAGACUGUUUCAAUCAAAAAUCUUGUUUCAUUCA